GCGCUCGUUUGGCGCAUUGAACCGGAGACGGCGGGAGAAUCUGGCUGCGUUUCAGGUUUUAAGGGUUGCGUGAGCGAUCAUGUCGGACUCGGACACUUUCCACAUCAACACUCCGCUGCUGGAGAGCUUAGAGCUGUCCAAGAGGGCCGGGACCACCGUCUUUCUCAAGAUGGACAACGGCCAGCCGUCCGGAUCCUUCAAAAUCCGGGGCAUCGGACACCUCUGCCAAAAGAUUGCUGGUCCUGAGUCCAGAGGUGUUGUCUCUGCCUCUGGUGGUAAUGCGGGUAUGGCCACUGCUUACGUGGCUAAGAAACUCAGUAUCCCAGCAACCAUCAUUGUUCCUUCCUCCACGCCUCAGCUGGUGAUCCAAAAGCUUAAGGGCCUGGGGGCCACCGUCCAAGUGGUGGGAAAGGUGUGGGAUGAGGCCAACACUGAGGCUUUGCAACUGGCUAAAAGCAAGAGCCUUACCUUUGUUCCGCCCUUUGACCACCCUCUACUCUGGCAGGGUCAUGCCAGCAUUAUAAGGGAGAUCAAGGCCUCCCUACCCUGUAAACCUGGGGCAGUCGUGGUUGCUGUUGGGGGAGGAGGGCUCCUCUGCGGGGUGGUGGUAGGUCUGAAGGAGGUGGGCUGGAAUGACGUGCCCGUUAUUGCUAUGGAGACACAAGGUGCAAACUGUCUGAAUGCAGCCAUCAAGGCAGGGAAGCCAGUUACCCUCGCUGACAUCACAAGUGAGGCUAAAACCUUGGGGGCCAAGACUGUGUGUAUGCAGGCCUUUGAGUACAGCAAGGAGGGCAACAUCAUCUCAGAGGUGGUGACAGACCUGGAGGCCCUGCAGUCGGUGGAACUCUUCCUGGACGAUGAGCGAGUGCUGGUUGAGAUGGCUUGUGGCGCCGCCCUGGCGGCCGUGUACAGCGGGGUGAUCCAGAGGCUGCAGGAUCAGGGUCGCCUGCCUCGCCCACUGCGGCCUGUGGUGGUGGUGGUGUGUGGAGGCAGCGGCAUCAACCUGAGCCAACUGCAACACCUGCAGAACAAGCUGCGCGUCUGAACUGGAGCCCUCAGUGGCCAUCUGGAGCACAGUGCAUGGAAAUCUUCCACUACUGUUUCGGAGGCCCCUGCGUGUGUCAGGAUACCUGUCAUGCCACAUUUUGUCAUGCUGCACUGCAAAUGAAGAGGUAAUUAGCAUGUAAUAUUAACUCUAACCUUUUUCUAAUGGACACAGAUGAUGGUUUAUUUUGAAAAGUAUGUGUAAUAUAUCAAUACCUAAAUAUUUUUGUGUACGGACGUGUAGUAUUGUAAGACUGACCUCCUUAACAAAUAUGUAUUUAAUUUAUAUUCACUCAUUUAUUUGCUUUUUUUCCC